GCGGCGCGGAGCACAUGGAGCCGGGGCUGGGGGGCAGCUGAGAGCCGGCGGCGGCGGCCCUGCCGGGCGAGAUGAGCCCGCGAGCCUGGCUCCUGUGCGCCUCCUGCACGCUGGCCGCCUGGGCGAGCGCCGCGCUGCAGCCCGGCAUGCCAAAUGUAUGUCCAGAACAAGAGCUUGCAAUGGUGGGAUAUCAGCAGCCAUGUGUUCAGGCUUUUACACGUAUGAUCAAGAUGUGGAAACAAGGCUGCACAGGGCAGAGAUGGUGUGUGAGCCAUGAGAGAAGGACUGGGUAUUACACGGUCUACAAACAGGUGUACAGAAUGGAGCAUCAGACUGUCUAUAAGUGUUGCCCAGGGUGGAUGCAGCAAGAUGAUGAGCCUGGCUGUUUGCGCUCAUUGUGCACUGUAAGUACUUGCUUCAAUGGAGGGAAAUGCUCUGAAGAAGGAUCCCAGAUGUGCCAAUGUCCAGAGGGUUUUCAGGGUCCUCGCUGCCAGUAUGAUGUUAAUGAAUGUACCAUUGAAAAUGGAGGCUGCUAUGACCAAUGCUGCAAUACUAUUGGCAGCUAUUACUGCAAAUGUCCAGCUGGCCAGAAACUGGGGAAAGAUGGAAAAUCAUGUGAAGAUGUUGAUGAAUGUGUGAUAGUGAAUGGAGGCUGCCAACAGAGCUGCGUUAACAUUCAGGGCUCCUUCUUUUGUGAAUGCACUAUGGGAUACAGGCUCCAUGCCGAUGGACGCACCUGCAUAACUGUCAAUUCCUGCACUGUCAACAAUGGGGGCUGUGAACAGGAGUGCAUUCAGAUCACUGAAGACCACUACAGGUGCCAGUGCCAGUCAGGCUACCAACUGCAGAGAAAUGGCAAGCACUGUGAAAUGAUAGACCCCUGUGCAGCUGGGAAUGGAGGAUGCCCACACAUCUGUCAAAAUGAGAGAGGGUUUGCAAAAUGUGAGUGCCAUCCUGGGCAUUAUCUAUCUGCAGACAAAAGAUCCUGCUUAGACAUUGAUGAGUGCAUCGAAGGGACAGCCAGGUGUGCUCAUCGUUGUGUGAACACUCUAGGAUCUUUCACCUGUGUUUGUAAUCCCGGCUUUGAGCUGGGGGCUGAUGGAAAGCAGUGCUACCGAAUCGAAAUGGAAAUUGUCAAUAGCUGUGAAAGCAACAAUGGUGGUUGUUCUCAUCGCUGUGAGCACUCAACUGGUGGGCCUCACUGUUCCUGCAACAAGGGAUAUGUGCUUGAUCUGGAUGGGAAAACAUGCAUAGAGCUGGAUGAGUGUGAGACUGGAGAGGCCUGCUGUUCUCAGUUCUGUAUCAACUAUGUAGGUGGCUACGAAUGCACGUGCAAGGCAGGGUUCCAGCUUAACUUUGAUGGCUGUGGAUGUGAUGAUGAAGAUGAGUGUGUUGUUGACAAUGGUGACUGUGACCAAGUCUGUGUUAAUUCUCUGGGGUCAUAUGAAUGUGCAUGUGAGGAAGGUUACAUACUUGGUAUCAACGGGCAGACCUGCAUCACACUAGAUAAUGAUGAACUGAAUAAGGAGGAAGAAGAAGAAUUAGAGAUCUCUAGGAUUCCAGAUCUUCAGUUCAGAAGACCACCUCAACUACUUAAAUAUGCUGUCACACUAGACCCUUUCUACGAGGAUGAGGAUGUGCGAGGAGAACUCACUCUCGUGCAAAAAGUUGUUUGUCUGGAUAGCACAUUUGGCAAUGAUUGUAGUUUGAGCUGUGAAGACUGUAUGAAUGGAGGCACAUGUAACAGUGAAAACAGUGGAUGCAUCUGUUUGCCUGGAUGGACUGGCAUGAUCUGUAAUGAAACUUGCUCUCCAGGGACUUAUGGGAAAAACUGUAACAGCAUUUGUAAGUGCCAGAAUGGAGGCUCGUGUGACCCUGUAACCGGACAGUGUCACUGCCCACUGGGAAUUAGUGGAAAGAUAUGUGAGGAUGGCUGUCCAAAAGGAUUCUUCGGGAAGAACUGUAACAAGAAAUGUAACUGUGCCAAUAAUGGCUAUUGCCACAGACUGUAUGGAGCCUGUUUGUGUGACCCAGGAUUAUAUGGGCGUUUCUGCCAUCUAACCUGUCCCAAGUGGGUCUUUGGAGCUGGCUGCUCAGAAGAAUGUCAGUGUGUGAAGGCGAACACUCUGGAAUGCAAUGCCAGAAAUGGUACUUGCACCUGCAAACCAGGUUAUCAAGGGAGCAGGUGCCAAAAAGAGUGCGUGCCUGGCUUUUAUGGAGCUGGCUGUAAACUGAAGUGCAACUGCUCUGAUGUUUUAUGUGACCACAAGACAGGAGAAUGCAAGCAUCCAUGCCCACCUGGUUUCCAUGGAGAAAAGUGCCGUUUAUCUUGCAACCCAGGGAAGUUUGGUGUGAACUGCAGGCAAAGCUGUAGCUGUGGAGGAGCGUCAUGCGAUCCAGAGACUGGGCGAUGCCUUUGUCCAGCUGGAAAAACUGGACCUGCCUGUGGUCAAGAUUGCCCAGAAGGUUUGUGGGGAGUAGGUUGUCAGUUCUUCUGCGAGUCCUGUGAGAAUGGAGGUCAGUGCAACAGGGAGACUGGAAUCUGUGACUGUCCACUGGGAUACACUGGGAAAUCCUGCUCCACACCCUGCCCCUAUGGUUAUUAUGGGCAAAAUUGCUUGUUGCAGUGUAGCUGUAAUAUCAAUGCUCAAUGUCACCAUGUGACUGGAGAGUGUACGUGUCCCCCUGGCUGGACUGGCUAUGACUGCAAACGUUCUUGUGACACCGGCCACUGGGGACAGCACUGUGAAAAUGCAUGUGUCUGCAGUAACAGUGAUGGUAGCUGUGACCCAGUCACUGGGGUUUGUUUCUGUGAACCAGGAUACACCGGGAAACACUGUGAACAGAGAUGUCCCAAUGGGACCUUUGGGCCAGGCUGUAAGUACAGCUGUCAAUGCAAGAAUGGAGCUGUCUGCGAUCAUGUCAGUGGAGCCUGUACUUGCGCGGCUGGUUGGACAGGAACUUUUUGUGAAAAAGCUUGCCCAGAUGGAUUUUUUGGACUUGACUGCCACCAGGUGUGUGAAUGCAAGAAUGCUGCCAGCUGCAACCACAUUAUAGGAACAUGCCACUGCCUCCCUGGGUGGGUGGGAGCAAAAUGUGAUCAAUCCUGCCAGGGUAACAGCUUUGGGGAACGCUGUAGUCACGUUUGUAAUUGUCACAACGGAGCGCUCUGUGAUCAUGUAACUGGGACAUGUAUUUGUAGAGCAGGCUGGAGAGGAGCUACUUGCCAGGAAGCCUGUCCUCCUGGUUUGUAUGGUGUGAACUGCAUGCAGCCCUGUAUCUGCCACAAUCGGGCUACGUGUGACUAUGUAUCUGGAGUGUGCAUUUGUCCCAAGGGCUGGACAGGGAUAGCCUGUGAACUUGAGUGUCAGGAAGGGAAAUAUGGAGAGGGAUGUGAGCAGAACUGCAACUGCAGCAAUGGUGGAGUUUGUGACCGAUACUCAGGGAAAUGCAGCUGCCAGCCAGGUUGGAUUGGAGGCCAGUGUGAUGUUGUCUGUCCCUCUGGCUUCUUUGGAGAGCAGUGUAAAGAACGGUGUGACUGUGAGCACAGCUUGUCCUGCCACCAUCAAACUGGAGUGUGUCACUGUGAUAAAGGAUGGCGAGGAAAACAGUGCGACAAACCUUGUUUGUCUGGGUACUAUGGCAUUAACUGUGCUCAGCAUUGCAAUUGUGCUUUGGGUACCCCUUGUCAUCAUGUGACUGGAGAGUGUGGCUGCCCUCAAGGAUUUACUGGCUAUGGCUGUGAAAAAACUUGUUCACCAGGCACAUAUGGUAAGAACUGUAACCGAGUGUGUCAGUGCUCUGCAGAAAACGAGGAGUGUCACCCAGUAACUGGCAAAUGCACCUGCCUACCAGGUUACUAUGGAAUUCACUGUGACCUCAGGUGUCCAAAAGGAACCUAUGGCCCAUAUUGCCGGAAAGCAUGUAAAUGUCUCAAUGGUGGCCUUUGUGAUCCUAUGACAGGAACCUGUGACUGUCCUCCUGGCUUUAUUGGAGCCGACUGUAGUAAAAGUUGUCCUGAAAACCGUCAUGGGAAAGACUGUACUCUGUGGUGUUCAUGUGGUAAAGGACAGUGUGACCCAGUGACUGGCAAGUGCUACUGUCCACCCGGCUAUAUUGGACCUGAUUGUCAGCAAGUGUGUCCCCAGGGAAGAUAUGGUCCUAGCUGCCAACGAAUGUGUAUCUGUAAGAAUGGUGGUAUCUGUAGCCAUGUGGAUGGGUCUUGCACCUGUGGUCUUGGCUGGACAGGAAGUUAUUGUGAGAGAGAAUGCCCUCCAGGUAGAUAUGGCUCUGACUGCCACUUACACUGCUCAUGUCAGAACAAUGGCACUUGUGACAGGUUUACCGGCUGCUGCCAAUGUCCAGAAGGUUACUAUGGGCAUGUUUGUGAGCACACCUGCCCUUCUGGAUUUUUUGGUCUAAACUGUCUUCACUCUUGUGACUGUAAAAAUGGAGCCAGUUGCAAUAUAGUGACUGGACAAUGCAUAUGUCCUGCAGGUUAUCAAGGGAUCCAGUGUGAAAAGGGCUGUAAACUGGGCUGGUUUGGCAACAGGUGUCAGUAUCAAUGUGAGUGUGGAGGAGUAGCUCUAUGUGACCCAGUGACUGGAAAGUGCCUUUGCCCCCCUGGCAGGACUGGAGACAGAUGUGGCAGUGAAUGCAGGUCAGACCAGUAUGGCCCUAACUGCUCUCUACAAUGCCAGUGUGCUAACAAAUCCCAGUGUAAUCCUCAAAAUGGAAAGUGCAGGUGCCCUUCUAAGUGGAUGGGGCCAACAUGUGAAGAAGGUGGCCCUGCAAAGCUUCCUUCUUAUGAAGGACAAGCUCAAGAAAGAGGAAGUAUUUUUCCAAGACAUCAACAACAGUAAUGUGUGGACUACUAAACAGGCUGCUUGAUAUGCACAGAUAGUAUUUAAAUUUGGAUAUGAGAACUGGUAUUUGGUUCAGCUUGAACUGUACUGAAAUAUGCAUAUUUCUUCCUGGAAGACUACAGUGGCUAUUGGAUCCCAAUCACAAUGAGAAGUAACAGACCCAUUGACAGUGAGCCACACCAAACACUAGUGAUCUUCUAAACCCUGUUGACAAUCAGACUGGAAUUAAUGUCGAUGUCGUGGAAUUAUAAGGCCAGUAGUUUCUGUUCUGAGCAUGUAAUCUGACCACUUGUGUAUAGCACAAGCCACAGGACUUCCCUGACUUAAUUCUUCCUCAAACUAUGGCAUGUCAUUAAAAUAUGUGUGUGUAUAUAAUCUCAAUUUAAAAAUUGCUUCUGAUGGAGCAUCCACCACAGCCCUUGUUGUUAAUUAGCCUUGCUGUGAAAACAAUUGCAGCAUAUUUCUACUCUGAAUGUGUCUAACUGAUGGAUCUCAAGCUUAGAUCUUGUUUAUAGACGUGAUAUAUCUUCCAAAGGAUAAGGUGGACUUUAUCUGGCUCUUAUUAUAUUGCUGUCCUGGAAGUUGAGCUUAUACUGGUUUAUCAGAGCAAACUAUUCAGUGGCUCUCUGGGAGAACAUACCUUUCCAUCACAGAGAAAGUUAUGUCUUUAAUGGGAGGGGAAACAGGCAGAAGAAGCUGACUAAUUGGCUGAAAUAAGGCUUUACAUUCGGGGUGUUUUUAAUGGUUCAACAUUUUUUCAACGUAAGUUCUCAGGCCCCUGAAACGCAUUGUACUUAAGACAUAAUUAACUGGUAAUCAUAUCUCAAGUAGUGACCUGGCCACGUAUUUAUUCAAUUAAUGGUGUGAUAAUACCAGGAAUAAGUGUCACAAUUUUAAAACAAAAUAUAUGUAAUAACUUUGUCACUGGUUCCUAUCAGACCUGUCAUUGAACAUGUGGCCUCCCCCAGCAGGGAGCCCCAAUCACUGACAGAGCUCCCACCCCUCUUCCCCCCAGUCCUUUGCUGAGAGCUCCAACUGCUGACAGAGCUUCCAGCCAUGGGGGCACCCUGCGCUCCUGUGCCUAGGAGCCCUGUAUGCUGAGUGGAGCUUCCCGUUGUGGAAGCAUAUAGUGUACCCCUGCAGCUGGGAGCUCUGAUCACUAAUGGGGCUCCUCACCCAGCAGCAAAGAUUUCUGGUACUGCAGGAGCCUGGGAUCAUGAUCUGGGGCUUCCCCUGCACCAGCAAAAUGACGUGAUAGGAUCUGAUGCUUGAUCCCACAGUUGCGUCUCCUGCCGUGCAGGUGUGGCGUGGCAAGGAACGUAAUUGCAGGGAUUGCACAUCAGAUCCCUUUGUGCCUUCUUGUUAAUGUCUGCCAGUGGCCUCGGUUCCUGAGAACACAUCAUCGGGGUUAUUGCAAAAAUAACUGGUUCUAUUUUGACAGGUUAUUUGCUCAACAUCACACUAGGUAACUAUAAAGAAAUAAUAUUCUGCAUUUUAGUGUCCUAAGUUAAGUAGGGUGAAAGAUUAAGUGUACCAUUUAAGCCGGUACAAUUGUUCUGCUCUGGAAAUUAUACACGUGUGGGUAAGAACCUUCCUGUGUGAUUAAGUAAGAAGUGGAAUUUUCUUUAAAGUUUUUAGGCAUAUACAGUCCUUAGACUCUUUAGGAUAAAGAGCUCCAUGUUUUAGUACUCAGUCCUCUUCAUGCACCACAACAAUAGCUACUUUUCAGGAAAAAGCCAAUGUCAUCUUAAAGCCAUGCCCCUACUGCUUCCUUGCCAAGUCUGGGACCACUGCUGGGAAAGAAGCCCUGUCCACUCAGUCCUGCUAGGGUGCGUGAAAGCCUGGCAGUUAGGCAAUAUAUAUACUGGGCAGACCUGAGCUUGUGACCCAGCACUGUUCCUGAGGCUUUCUUGAAAGUCGAUUGCAUGUGGCCUCAGAGUCAUAAUUGCAAUAAUGGUUUUCUUGUUCUUUUCUUUCAGUAUUUCAGAUUAAAUAUCAAGCACUCCUAGCUUCUCCUGUCACAGCUCUAGGAAGGCAUUAGCUGUCUAAUAAGUAACAAGUCACUAAUGCUCACCUGGGACUUGAGCUGAACUAGGAUCAUUGGAAGCAAUAGAGGUUUGGGUGGGGUUUGUCAAGCAUAAUGGAAGCAUGAUUGUUGUUAUCCAUCACUUAAUGGCUAUUGAAACCCAUUCCAAAGACAGUAAUGAUCCUUGUGACUGUAACAGAGCUAAUUAACCAGCUGUGCUUUGAGACAGAAAAUCAUAAGACCUAAGUCUGAUAUCCCACCAGUUUUCUUGUGUGGACAUAAGUGGAGUUAUUCCCAAUUUUUAGUGAGAUGGGGGAGACUAGAAUUAGUGAUUUCCUAGAACUACUCAGAAACAGGUAGCUCUCAGCAGGCCCGUGUCACUAGCUACCACCAUCUUACAUGUCUUUUUAAGGACACACAGACCUCAUUUUAUCAGGGGUGUAAAUCAGUAGUAACUCCAGUGAAGUGAAUGAAGUCUAUUAGAUAAGACUUGUGCAAGAAAAGAAUCAGAUGCCCUGUUUUUAACUGCUGGAGAAUUACAACGUAAGGCAAGAGUGACGGACAGCCCUUAACUUUGCCAGUAUACUUAUUGGUUAGUAAAUAGUUCUAAGAAACCAUACUUAUUGCAAUGGAUAUGUUAUGUUCAGUAUUUUUCAUCUGGGAUGUUACUAAUAGUCUGUGGAAGAAAUAUUUGGUUUGUUCACUGAUUACCUGAAGAACAAAGAACAGACUUUGGUUAAUCCUCUCUUAUAAGGGUAUGUAGUGUUUAUUGUUUUGAUAUAUAAUAAAAUGUAAUAUGAGCAGUUUAUUAAAGAAGCAAACUUUAAGAAGCCAUAUUUUUAAGUAAAUCUGUGUUUUUAAAGAUUUUUUCUUACUAUACACCAAACCAUUUAAGCAUAUGUUUGUUUACAUUUUGCACAAUACUUUAAUAUUAGCAUUGUAAAUAUGUACUAUAAAUGAAUAAAGCAUUUGUAUGUACUGUUUUUAUAACAAUUAUGCACUUACGAUGCAAAGAAAAAUCCUUAAGAAAAAGUGAAUGAUAUUGAUUCUGUACUACAGUAUUGGAAGCCAAAUAGAUCCAUUUCAACAUUUAAAAAAACCACUUUCCCAUUUGGGUAGAAAUAGCUUUUUUACUUCAAAAUGAAUGCUAUAUGAAUGCUAGUAAAAGAAAAACAAAAUUUUUAAGUGAAAAUGAAAAUGAAAACAUCAAAACAAA